UCGGCUCGGCCCGGCCCGGCCCCCGGUUUCCUGCCCGCGCUCCUCCCCCGCCUUCCCCGGGCCCCGCACGAAUAGAAAACACCCGGUCCGACCCCUCUCACUCAGCGCGGCCCGAGCCCGGCGGGACGUGCCCGGCUCGGCGGAGAGGCAAAGGGUUCCUGGAAGAUGGGUGACUGGGAAUUCCUGCAGAAACUGCUGGACCAAGUCCAGGAGCACUCGACRGUGAUCGGGAAGAUCUGGCUCACCGUGCUCUUCAUCUUCCGCAUCCUCAUCCUGGGCUUGGCCGGCGAGUCUGUGUGGGGGGACGAGCAGUCAGAUUUCGUGUGUAACACCAAACAGCCGGGCUGCACCAACGUCUGCUAUGACAAAGCCUUCCCCAUCUCCCACAUCCGCUACUGGGUGCUCCAGAUCCUCUUUGUCAGCACCCCGACCCUGAUUUACCUGGGCCACGUUGUCUAUCUCUCCCGGCAGGAGGAGAAGCUGAAGCAGCGGGAGAGCGAUCUUCGGGCUAACCACAGCAAGGACCCRAAUAUCGAGCAGGCCCUGGAAGCUGUGCAGAAGAAAAUGUCCAAGAUCUACGUGGCAGAGGACGGGCGGCUCAGGAUCCGAGGGGCACUGAUGUGGACGUACAUMACCAGUGUGAUCUGCAAGACCAUUUUUGAGGCUGGUUUCCUGGUGGGCCAGUGGUACCUGUAUGGCUUCUCCAUGGUGCCCCGCUACGUGUGCAAGAGGGACCCGUGCCCCCAUCAGGUGGACUGCUUCAUCUCCCGCCCCACCGAGAAGAGCAUCUUCAUCAUCUUCAUGCUGGUGAUGGGCCUGAUCUCCUUAACCCUGAACCUCCUGGAGCUCUUCCACCUCUGCUGCAAGAACCUGCUCAGCAACAUCAAGAAGGCAUCAGGGGCAGCCGUGCCGAGCCGGGACACUUUUGUGGCUGACAUGGUCACGGGACCCUACGCACCCAARCACUUUCCCUUCCCACCCAUGGCCGAGAGCCACGCGCCCUCCUACCAGACCUGCAACAGGCUCUCCAACGAGCAGAACUGGGCCAACCACUGCAACGAGGAGAACCUGGCACUGGGCAGCGGCAGCAUGACCCUGUCAGACCCCUACGGCCCCCGGGUCACUGAAGCCUCUGCCCCGGAGGAGAAGCUUGGCAACCGGCCCGGGAGCUCAGCCUCCAAAAAGCAAUAUGUGUAAUGCCGGGCUGGCCCCGGCUGGCAGGGGGACUUUCCUCGGUCCAUCGUGCCUGCAAAGGUGCUGGCUGUGGGCAGGCAGAUGCCUCCUGCCUGGUGCUGUGCCGUACACAUUUCCGCUGCGGAGGCUCCAGGGACAUGCCUGCCCUGGGAUGGGAUGCUCGGCAGCGUGGCCGUGGAGCGCARUCUCCGCUGUCUGCGGUUUUCCCCACAGACCGUGCAAAAGGAAGGAAACUGCACAAAGUUCCCCGGGACGCCGUGUCCUGUGUGCCUUGCCGUGGGAAAGGGAGAAAGCCCUGGGGCCACGCCGUGGAACAGGCUGUCCCCGAGGCCGUGGCUGGAGGCUGCUGGCCAUCAGGAGCUGCGGCUCGGCCAGACCCCAGAGCCUCGGCCAGACCCCAGAGCCUCGGCUGGUGUGAGAGCCAGGGCAGCGGCCGUGGGAAGCUGCUCGUCUCCUGCCUCCACACGGAGCAGGCUGAGCCAGGGACUGCCGGGAAAAGCUGGGCUGGGGCAGCGCUGACAGAGCCUGGCCACCAGCCCCAUCCCAUUCCAGCAGCCCUGGCACCUGCCCAGGAUUUGCUGCAGGAGCUGCCCCCUCCCCAUGGGACACAGAGGGGUUAAGCCAGUUCCGUUGUGACCAGCAGAUCCCAGUGGCUGCAGGGUCACWGUGAGUGACCCAGGAGCGUGAGCUCCCCCCGCCGCCUCCCGGCCCUGGGCCCUUUCCCAUGGGAUGUGAGCCUUUAAGUUAUUUUUAACCUGCUGGCCUGAGCACGGAGUUUUCUGCCUUAAAGGUGCAGUCWGCAGGGGAUUUGGGGAGCCGUGUCCAGCGUGUGCCUUGGAGCCCUGUGGGGUUUGGGGAGGAAUUUGUUGGUUUAGGGGGUUUUGGGUUUUAUUUGCACUAGUCAUCUCCUGCUGUGGGCUGAGGGGCCAGGGGGAAUGGAAGAACCAACUGCUGUCACAGGAGCUGUCACCCUGACCUUACCAGCACAGUGAUGCUGUGAGAGGGGAUUGUCCUGCUGUGACCAAGGGGCUGCAGGUCCUGUGUGACCCAGGUGAGAGCACGGGAUGGGGGCACUGCCCUCAGCACUGUUUCCCUUCCCCUGGCAGACUCUGUGUUGCAUCUUGUUGAAUAAAGCUGGAUGAAUGAGAA